CAAAUAGUAAACGAAUUAAUCUUAAAAAUUUAAGUAAAUAUUUAUGUAAACGUCUCAUUGUAACGUGAGAUAUCAAAUCGAAAAAUAUGCGCACCAACGUUCACCUUUUCUUCACGGCAGCGACACUUAUUAUUUGCGGCACACCUGUCGCUUAUUCUGACACCAACGCCGCCAAGCCCAACUGCGGCACCAGCACCGCGGCGAAGCAUAUCCAACUGCUGCAACCGGAGAAUCUCCCACAAGAAUGCAACUAUCGCAUAAACAACUACAACAACAAUGUCUGUCAGCUACGCAUCGAUUUCUCAUUGACACUCGCCCAGCCCAGCAUACCCGAUGCGCAGAAUGGUUUGUGGUACGUGCAGUGCGUGAAAGACUCUCUCGCCGUAAACGGGUUAAGACUGUGCGGCACUGAGGUGGGACAACACAUUUAUGUGCCCUUCAAUCCCAGCGCUGGCGUCAAGAGCAUCGAUUUGACUAUCGUUACUGCACCGCGUUCGGGAACCGACGGAAAUCUGCCGACGCCACGCUGGAAUAUAGUCAUAAGACAAUUAGAGUGCACAGGAGAUAAAGCGUUACGUGCAUCUUUUGAUGCGCUUGAAGUGGCGGAGUAUGAUAAAACGCAACUUAAGACCAAUAUAGAGCUACGAACCAGCAGCGGAGAUAAUUUCCUUCUUGCACCACCUGGUUGCUUGCAAUACUUUCCACAAACCAUUGGCACUAUUACUUCGUUCAAUUAUAAUGGUGGUACGGGCAUUUAUCCCCCGAAUUUGAAUUAUGCCAUUUGUUUCCGUCGUCAGGAGUCGACCAAAUCGCACGAAAUUAAGAUGCGCUACUUUAGAUUGGGCGCCGAAUAUAACCGACAGAAAUUUCAGGAAUUGGACAAUUAUUGCCGACCGCAAUUGCGUAGCGAAGGCUUAAGUGAAGAUUAUUUACUGAUACCCCAAGCGACUAUUGUGGACAGCAACAUACGCGCAACAUAUUUCUGCGGCAGCAGCAUACAGGGUGACACUGUAGCAAGCACCAACCCAGGACCACUUGUGCUGAUUUUUAAUAGCGAUGGCAAUUACAAAGCUGGACAGGAAGUUGGGUUCGCUUUAGCACAAAGUUGUAAUAGAAAAGUCUAAAAUAUGGCAAAGAGAGCUCCGAAGUUGCUAUUUGAAGUUUAAAAAAGCCGUUAGUCCAAAGCUUUGUGGCGACUUGAUUGGUG